CGGCCGCAGUGGGCUGGCCCCGGCUGUGCUCCGCGGCUGGGAGGCGUCGGGGCUGCAGGGUCUGGUGGGCAGCACAGACACUUAACCGGACAGAUGGCCUCUCGAUGGCCAGGCCUGGGGGCCUCCAAACGCCGCAGAUCUCUCCAGGACCACAAGCAGCUGGAGGAAAGCGACGUGCUGCAACCUGCAGUAUGCCAUAUGGAGACCUCCAGUGGGGCCCUGGGCUCCCUGUGCAGACAGUUCCAAAGGAGGUUGCCCCUGAGAGCAGUCAGCCUCAACCUGGGGCCAGGGCCCUCCUGGAAACGCCUGGAAACCCCAGAGCCAGGGCAGCAAGGCCUCCAGGCUGCUGCUCGCUCAGCUAAGAACGCCUUGGGUGCCAUGUCCCAGAGAAUCCAGGAGUCCUGCCACAGUGGCACCAAGUGGCUGGUGGAAACCCAGGUAAAAGCCAGGAGGAGGAAGAGAAGGGCACAGGGGGAUGGGAGCCCCCCAGCUCAGGACCUGAACCCAAGGAGUACCCAGUCAUCUGGAGCAGCCCCUGCCCACUCAUACCUGGGCACCUGGGAAAGGGAACAUCACCACCCAUCUGCACAGAUGGGGCCACGUGCCCACCUUCUGCGGCGGUCCAGGAGGGAGGCAGCCUUCCGGAGCCCCUACUCCUCAACGGAGCCCCUCUGCUCCCCCAGCGAGUCUGACAGUGACCUAGAGCCUGUGGGGGCAGGAAUCCAGCACCUCCGGAAGCUGUCCCAAGAGCUGGACGAGGCCAUCGUGGCUGAAGAGAGCGGCGACAUGACCGUUUCUCUCCUUCGUAACUGAGGACAGUGCCCUUCAGGUAAUGUGCUCCUGCCAAGCAUCCUUCUCCGUGUCUUCAUCCUUCUCCCUCCACCUCUUCAUGCCUCAGCACGUAUGCAGAGUCCGAGGCAUAUCAAAGAAAAUACCUUUACUGGAAAAACCCACAGAACUCAUGGGCCCAGCAGAGCAGGAAGCAUGCUGAGGGCCCCAAGAGCUAAAACCAGCUUCCAGCUCCUUGUCUCGGCGGGGCGGAGAGGCUGUGGUGUUCCCCCUUCCUCUGUCUUGAACAGAGAAGGGCAGGAAGGCAGCUCUGUCUUGCAGGAAACAAGCCUUGUAUGACCACCCCUUGCACCCAGGAUCUGUGCCUCCCCCUGAGUUCCGGGAGGAAGCCCCCAGGAAUCGGCAGCACCCGUGGGCUGCCACUGACAAGGCCCCGACUGGCAAGGGCCCAGGCGAGACUGCCAGGGGCCUCUGCUGUUCUGCCUCGGCCACAUCUGGGCCUGCCGGUGACCACCUGCCACAGCCUGAGAGUGACUGGGGGAGCCUUUAGAGAGGUGGGGGGAACUGUCCAUUCUAUUCCUCUUUGGGGCUUAGAAACAUCCCAAACUUGAACCUCUGGUGGCUUUAUGUGGAAUGUUGAGGAGCAGGCACUUGUAGGUAUCUGAGAGCUGCGUGUGCCCGGGCAUGGAUCUGCAGGGAACUACCCCCUGUGUGACCAGUGCUGAGCCUCUGGGGGACCCAGCUCCUGUCCCUGCUCCCCCACCAGAGUCCUUGCAGGAGUGGGAGAAGGAUUUCUAGACUGUAAGACCCUGGACCCGAGGAUACCUAUUUAUAUUCUCAGCACAGGGCACUAUGGAUGUGCAGGGAGGGGUAGCGAUUUCUGCCCUUUGUGAAUUAUUUAAGAAAUCUGCUUUGUCAUUUUAUGAGAAAGAACUAAUGUGUGACAUUCCUAGAUAACGUUGCUUUUCCAUAAUAAAGAUUCUUCUGUAUUUGACAUCUCUUCCCUGUCACAGUCCCUCCACACCCUGGGCCAUAGUGCUGUGGUUUGGGGUGGAACUCAGUUCCCCUCAUCCAGCCAACUCCCAACCAGCCCACCCCCGCCCCAGGGCGACGUGAUCAAUGGGAAAGCCUUCUUAGCUCACUUCCCAGCAAAGCACAUCUUAAAGGCAAAUUAGGUUUUUAUUUAAGUGACAACGUUUGAGAGUUAAAAACCAGCUCACAUCAAAAUCAAGGCCAGUUGUAAAAAUCUUUUAACUCCGUAAUGUUGGUUUUGUCUUGUUAGAAAUCUGAUUAUUUUACAUUUUCUUUUCUAACGGAUUUUGUACAAGGCAGCCGUAAGGAAUAGAAUAAACCUUUUUUCACCACAGGACCAUCCACCACAGAUAAUACUGGAAGUCACACACGUACGAACAGUCAGACCAGACAGGCUGCCACCACCGAGUAAACAGACAGAAAAGGACAGUGGGUCCGAGGGUGGGGGUCCCCGCGAGCGGCUACCCUCCUGUCCGGCCCAACCCUGGUGUCACCUGCUUCUUUUCAAGGAGGGAAGGGCCCAAAAUGAUUUUCCUCCCAACAGCCAUGUGGGUUUCUCAGCAAGGAGGGCAGGACCUGGGCCAGGCCUCACUGCUUGGACUGAACCCAAGGAUUUUUAAGAAAGUUCCCUCAAACCCAGGAGGGAAAGAAGGAGAAGGGAUGUUUUGGCAGAGCCAGAGAAAAUA